AUGAACACUCAUACAAUUAGUCAACCAAAACCAUUAAUUCGACUUAUUUAACAAAUAAAAACCGAUUCUGUGAGUGUCUCAUCCACCCAAUCCUACGAAUCGCAUUUCUCUGAGAUUGAGAGACCAGAAAACCCUAUGAUCAAGAACUUUAUAGACAACUAUGAAGAUGAUCUCGACACCUUCUUUGAUCAAUUGGAAUGAAAGCUCUUAACCUUUGAUUUGUGUUAUUUUGUGUUAUACAUUAACUGAAUAAAUGUUGUUAA